UUAACGUCUCUGGCCCAGCUGGAGGCCUUAAGAAGGUACAGGUGAAGUUCUGCGUCCUCUAAAACGGAGGAGGAGGGGUGGCACAGGCAGAGACAGGAAUGUUGCCUAAGAACUUUUCCGCAGGUCAGGCUUGCUCAGUAGCGUAAAAGCCUGUUUUAAAGAGUGACGUUUCACCUCGGGGGCACCUUGCCCUAAGUGCAGCUGUAAGGAGGGGGCUUAAAGUUUCUAAAGUUUCUUGCAUAGAAAAAAUUGUGAUUUUUUUCCCACAAAGUGAAGGAAAGGCAUAUUUUAACGGAGUAUUCAGGAAGAAUACUGGCGGGACGCGGAAGAUCAAAGAGACCGAGGAGCGAGAAGAGGCGCUGUGGAAACUGCAGUUUGCUGGGCUCGGACCAGAGGCCAAUAAUCCGCUAUGGAGCAUGCCUUUACCCCGUUGGAGCCCCUGCUUCCCACUGGGAAUUUGAAGUACUGCCUUGUGAUUCUUAAUCAGCCUCUGGACAAAUAUUUUCGUCAUCUUUGGAACAAAGCUCUCUUAAGAGCCUGUGCAGAUGGAGGUGCCAACCGCUUAUAUGACAUCACCGAAGGAGAAAGAGAAAGCUUUUUGCCUGAAUUCAUCAGUGGAGACUUUGAUUCUAUUAGGCCUGAAGUCAGAGAGUACUACACUAUUAAGGGAUCUGAGCUUAUUUCAACUCCUGAUCAAGACCACACUGACUUUACCAAGUGCCUUAAAAUGCUCCAAAAGAAGAUAGAGGAAAAAGACCUAAAGGUUGAUGUGAUCGUGACACUAGGAGGCCUCGCUGGGCGUUUUGACCAGAUUAUGGCAUCGGUGAAUACCCUGUUCCAAGCGACUCACAUCACUCCUUUGCCAAUUAUAAUACUCCAAGAGGAAUCUCUCAUCUACCUGCUCCAACCAGGAAAGCACAAAUUGCAUGUAGACACUGGAAUGGAAGGUGCCUGGUGUGGCCUUCUUCCCGUUGGACAGCCUUGCAAUCAGGUUACGACAACAGGCCUGAAGUGGAACCUCACAAAUGAUGUACUUGCGUUUGGAACAGUGGUCAGUACCUCCAAUACCUACGACGGGUCUGGUGCAGUGACUGUGGAGACCGACCACCCGCUCCUCUGGACCAUGGCCAUCAAACCCUAACCAACAGACGGGCAUCCGCGGUGCCUCUGCCUUACCUCAUCUGCCAGCAGUUGAUUGCCCAACAGAACAGCUCACCUGGGUUUGCAGGAGUCUAAACCUCUCUAUGGGAAGCCCACUAGUUUUAAAGAUGUAAUAUGAUACAAGACAGAUCUCAGUUUUACAAUAAUUGGAAAAUUAUGUCUUAAGAAAGCAAAUAAGCUAUGUUACAUUCAGUUGGAAAGCUAAUGGGGAUCAUUCCACUAUAAAAUUCAGUACUGAUUAUUCUUAUGUUAUUAAUCUUUCCAUUUGUCCUAGAAAAUUGUUUUUCAUUUGAAGCAGAGAAAGCUCUGUUGAGGUUCCUCUUGGAGUCUAGCACAUCCUUAAAUGCCUAACAACAUUAGAUGCCUCUAUGUAAUAUACAUUUCCUUUUACAGGAAAAAAAAAAAAAAAUCUUUCCAGAUUGGGAUGUUAGAACUGCACCAUUUCACUCUGGCCUUAUUUCUGUCUUUGGUAUUACCUUUUAAAAGUAAAUUAAGAAUCAGUAACCUAAUUGUUAUAUUUGAAAACAGGUAGUUGUAUAAGCUGUAGGUGAAAAGAGAAAUGUGAAAGAUAAAUGAUAAUUCAUGAAGCCCUACUGACAUGUUAACCUCCAAACUCAAAAGUAAAUACACUAAGCUUUAGCAGGGUGACAAUCAUCAUCAUCAUUAUAACCUAGACUGGAAAAUUUGUGCAGAGGAAACUUAAGCAUAAAAAUUAAAUUGUUUCUGACAUACUUCAGACUGAAAAAAUAUUGGUUCAUAGACCAUAAGUUUAUUCAGAUUGCCAAAAAAAUGAGUGAGUUUGUGGGGCUAAACGAAUGUCACAUACUAAGGAGCCUGGGUCUGAAGUCUGUCUUCUCGUCCCAGUCUGCCUGGACACCUUUCCUUAGCCGUAAAAUGGAAGCAGUUGGACUGAUUGUAUCUGAGUUCCUUCCCACACUCAAAUUCUAAACACUGAUACUUGGUGGUCAUAAGGCGGAUAAUACGAUCAAGUACUGACUAUCUCCUUCAGCCUGAACAACCUGGUGCAUCAAAAUAUAUUCACCUUUCUUUUAUAAUGAGACCCUCUUCUAUCUUCUUUCCACCCUUUUCUGUCUUCUUACUGAACCAACCAUUGCCAUACAAACUAUGAGUUAAGGAGAGCCUGCCCAAUAUGUUUUACGUACACAAAUCCCUAAGUUGCUAUGAGGAGUGUGACCAGCAUCUGUUUUCUUCUUGGUGCUACAAUAGUAGGAAGCUCAGGGUGUCUGUCAGAAGAGAGUGAAAGGAGGGGCAGCUAAAGUGGCCGUGGCAUUCUCAGCAUUUUUCUUACUUUCUACUUUAGUAGAAGUUGAGGCUAAGCGUGUUUCCUUCUUCAGUUUCUGAAGACUAGUUAUGUAUUCAUUACUAGAAAUAUAUUCAUAUCAUAUAAAAGAAAUAUAUCCAUUAUUUUAAAAUUUUACUACCAAAGCAUGUAUAUCCUAUUUACUCUGAAAAUCAUACCAGUGUUAAUCAAUGGAUACUUAUCAAAAAAGAA